AUGCCCGGAGCGGCGGCGGCGGCGGCGGCGGCUCCAGCGGCCGCCUCGUCGGCCGGGGGCUCGGCGUCUCUGGCUGGGGGCUCGGCGUCGGCCGGGGCUCUCCUUCCUCCUCAGGAGGCGGCCAAGCUGUACCACACCAACUACGUGCGGAACUCGCGCGCCAUCGGGGUGCUGUGGGCCAUCUUCACCAUCUGCUUCGCCAUCGUCAACGUGGUGUGCUUCUUCCAGCCGUACUGGAUCGGCGACGGCGUGGAGACGCCUCAGGCGGGCUACUUCGGGCUCUUCCACUUCUGCACGGGCAGCGGCUUCUCCCGGGAACUCACGUGCCAGGGCAGCUUCACGGACUUCUCGAGCCUGCCCUCGGGAGCCUUCAAAGCCGCCUCCUUCUUCAUCGGGCUCUCCAUGGUGCUCAUCAUCUCCUGCAUCGUCUGCUUCAUCCUCUUCUUCUUCUGCAACACGGCCACCGUCUACAAGAUCUGCGCCUGGAUGCAGCUGACCUCCGCUGCCUGUCUUGUCCUGGGCUGUAUGAUUUAUCCUGAUGGCUGGGACGCAAAAGAAGUGAAACGGAUGUGUGGUGAAAAGACGGACAAGUACACAUUGGGGGCUUGUUCAAUCCGCUGGGCAUACAUUCUCGCCAUAAUUGGAAUCCUGGAUGCCAUGAUCCUCUCUUUCUUGGCAUUUGUACUUGGCAAUAGACAGGACAGCUUACUAGCAGAGGAACUCAAGCUGGAAAACAAAGUUCUGCUAAGCCAAUCCUCACUAGAAUGAGCACAAAACAAAACCAAGUAACAGCUUUUGUACAUCAGCAUCAAAUGGGAAGACGCUUGGGAAGGAAGCCUGUGAUGAAGGAGAAUGUUGACGAGUGUAACAAAAAAAAUUAAAAGUCUGAUUGCCGGGAGCUGCCUUCUAAACACAGUUCAAGCCAGACAUGCAAGUGGUUCUCUGGACAGAGUUUCGAUCCUGGAUUUACCCACAAGCUCAUUAGGGACUGUCACUGGAUGCAACAUUCAGAAGGCAUGCAUGAAAUGUCACAUAAGGGGAAUAAAUUUUAAAAGGGGGUAUAGUUGUCACUAGGUAAACAUAUUAAUAUACAUGCAUCAAGAAGGUUUGUAAAAAUAAUAAUAUUAUUUCAACUGAAAAGCAAAAUCCUUUAAAAUAAAGCAUUUCACAAGGCAGGGGCAGUUAACACAGAGAACUCCUGUUCCGGCCACCAGGAACCAGAGUGGGCAUCACUUUCCAUCCAGUACCGCU